GGUGCAGGACGUGUCGCCCACAGCCACUGUGCGUCGGCUGACGCGUGUGACGUGCCGCGAAGUGACGCGACGCGCCGCGCCGCGACUUGACAGUGCCGACCGUCGGAUCACAACCCAGGGGUCGCCACAGCCGCAGCUUAAAGCAUUUGGUGCUUAGGGCGGGUGCAGCAUGCGCCUGUUCCGCGGCCGGCGUAGCUCGGAGACGCCGUCGCCACAACCGCAGCCGCCCCCAGCCGGAGGGCAGCAGAAUGGCGCCGACAGCCCGCCCCCAGGCACCGACUUCCAGACCGUCAAGGCGGUGCCAGCGCUCGUUCUCGAGGAAGCUGGCCCCCGCGAGGUCAAGAAGAUGCUGUCGACGUGGGGGCGGCGUAUGGGCCGCAAGCUGGAGGCGAUGCGGCGCCAGAGCGACGGCGGCGCCCCCGCCUCCGCCGACCGCGAGCCCAGCGUGCGCAGGAGGCCGGGCUGGCGCCUGGGCCGCGCCUCCGCCCCCGAGGUGUCGCCGCGCCGCCCCCUGCUGCCGCCCGCCUCCGGACCCACCCCCUCCCCCGCCCAUGCACCUUCCGCCGGUCCACCGGUACCCGCCCACGUGGCGGUGUCGCUGUCUGCGUCGUCGACGCCGCAGCCGUCGCCGCGGCACGAGCUGCUGCACGCCGCGCCCUCACCCCUGCGCAACUUCUUCACUCGCAUCGGCUCCACCGGCAUGCUCUCUAGGAACCAGGUGAGCCCGUUCCGCGGCGGCUCGGCAUGCAGCAGUGCGGCCGGCUCGGCGUCGGACGUGAGCGCGGCGGCGCUGUACAAGAGCUGCAGCACGUCGCACCUGGUGCGCGACGACGGCCUGCGCUCGCUGGCCGCCUCCGUGGUGGGGGUGGCGGCGGGAGCGGCGUCGGACGCGGAGGAUGCCGCCUCCACGGCGUCGGGCUGCACGGAGGCCGACCUGAGCGGCGGGGGCAGCAGCGCCGGCGGCAGCCCCGCCAGGGACGCCUCCUCCGCCCCCACCGCCAGCAAUGGCUACGUGCCCACCAAGGCCGUCUCCUGCGACAACAUCAACUCCAUAGGCACCGCCGGUGGCGCGGCAGCGCAGGGCGCUGCCGGUGCGAGGCGGACGUCGCAUUUCCCGUACGCCUUCCUGCGUUCCAAGCUUUCGGUGCUGCCAGAGGAGAACGGCGCCGGGGGCGGAGGCCGGGGGGCGGCGUUCCGAGCUGCCAUGGCCGCGGCGGCCGGCAGGGGCAGCGUCGGAGGCGGCGAUGUGACGGCGGCGACGCUGCAGCCGCCCACUGUGGGCGACGCCCGCUGCGGGCUACGCGCGCGCGCCAGCUCCGAGGAGUGCGUGACGCGGCUGGCUGAGAGAGCGCGCAGCGCAAGUGACGCGGACGUGGAAGCCGCGCGGCGCCAGCUGCAGCUGUGCGGCACCCUGGGCCGUCCCGGCGCGGGGGCGGCGGCGGCGGCGGCAGCGGGAGUUGGCAGCAGGGAGCAGCGUCGCAGCUUCCCGCCCAACGUGGCUGCCGCCGCCGCCGCUUCUGUCUACCACCUGCACGAGGCGGACCCCUACGGCGGCGGCAUGGGCGCCCUGGGCUCCACGCCUCCCCCACCGCCCCCGCCGGUGCCCGCGCGCUCCGCCGCCCACGCCCCCAUCCACGCCCCCGCCGCUCCCGGUGAGGAGACGCGCACGGCCUGGCCGCGGCGCGGACGCUGGGCCAGGUCGUCUUCGGCCAGCCUCCUACUGCCCUCCGCCAGCAGGCCGGCAGCGCCCACGCCGGAAGGGACGCCGCCGACGCUGCGCAAGGCGUCCGCCCCCGCGGCUGCCCCCGCCUUCGUCGUUCGGAGACUGGUGCAACAGUCUCCGCCUCCACCGCUGCCGAGGAGAGGCUCCACUCCGCCGCCCACCACACCGCCGCCCCCACCGCCGCCCCCGCUUCCGCCUCCGCCUCCGCCGCCGCAGCGCUACUACCACCAGCAGCAGCAGCUCAGCCCGCUGCUAGAAGCCGCGCCUGCCCCCGGCCCGAGCAUCCACCGGCCGCCACCGCCACCGCCACCCCCACAGCCGCCCUCCGGUGGACACCACCAGCACCACCAUACGCCGACGCCCAUUCCAUCACCCGUCCACCCACUGCCACCCGCGCCUUCACCUUCGCCGUCGCCGACGCCGCUGAGCUACUCGCGGACUCUGCAACCGUCCCCUCCACCGCCAGUGACGCCCCGCAGUUCGACGCCUCCGGCGCUGCCCCCACGCCCCCACACGCCUCCCACGCCGCCCCCUCGCGGCCAGACUGACGCCCGCCGCCAGCAGUUCCUUACGUCGCAGCUGCAGGGCACAAAAUCUCCCACCACCACCGCCACUACUACUACCGCUGCCGUUGCAGACGACGAAGAGGCAGCGGAAGCCAGGGACACCUUCCAGGAGGACCCGACGCGCUGUCCGUCGCCACGGAGGCAAUCGCAGCAGCAGGUGCAGCAGCAGCUGCAGCUGCAGGCGCAGCAGCAGGCGGCGAGCCGGCGGCGUUUCAGACUAGUGCGGCUGCUGCGCGAGACGGCGCCCGGCCGCGCCGCGGAGCUUGGCAUCUCGCUGCGACAGCUGAUCGAGCCGCCGUCGGCAACGCCGCGCUACCUCGUAACGCACAUCGCGCCCGGCAGCGUGGCCGACAGGGACGGCCGGCUGCGCGUGGACGACGAGGUGGUGAACGUGGACGGGCGGCUGGUGCGCGGCCUCGCCACGCUGUCCGAGGCGCGGGCUCUGCUGACGGACGCACGCCUGCCGGAGGUGGAGCUGGUGGUGGCGCGCGACGAGCAGCCGCCCCCGCCGGCCCCACCCGCCCCCGGGGCACCUGGUGGCAGCCCUGAGCACCGCGUGGCUGUCGCGGCUGCAGCUGCUGCGCCAGUGAGCCGGCGGGACAGCGACGUCGUGGUGCCGUCGCCGUUCGGCAGCCCAGAGCACCGCGGCAGUCUGUCCGCGCGGCGGGACAGCAUGGGGCUGUCGCGGCGAGACAGCAGCGGCAGCGCCGGCAGCCCAGCGCUGGGGCGGCGCGACAGCACGACGAGUCAGCGCAGGCUCGGCCACCGGGACAGCGUCUCGAGCACGCGCCGCGACAGCACGGCUCAAGGCCUGGGCCACCGUGACAGCCUGGCGGCGCCGGUGGUGCCGGAGCCGUGGCGGCGCCACAGCGACAACCUGUGCCUGCUGAACCACCGCGCGCGUCUCUUCGUCACGUCGCGCAACGUGGCCUCCUGCGACGAGGCGACGACCAUCGUGCCGGUGCUGGCCGCCGUCACGCCGCCGCUGCUGCGCGAGCGCACCGAGAGCCACGACCUCGACUCCUCGCAGGAGGACGUCUCCGGGGAACCCCCGCCGCCGCCAGCGCCCAGAUUUUAUGAGUUCAGAUGUUGGAGUCUCAUUGUGGACACCCUGUAUUUUAAAAUUAUUUGGAUUCGGGUUUUGUUAUUGAAGGCGGCCGUGGCGAGCGCCGGCGGCGUCGGCGUCGGCGUCUGCAACAGCGCCAGCGGGCUGCUCUCCGCCGGCAGCGACGCCGCGCAGAAGCGCACCCUCAGCGACAGCACGGGCGCCCGCUCGCCGCUCGCAGAGAUGGUCGACGACGUCUUCGUGUCGACGCCCGCGCUGCGCGGCGCCUCCCCGGAGACCAAGCAGCGCCAGCAGCAGCACCCCAUGACGGUUCACACCGUGCUGUUCGAGAAGGGCCCAGGCAAGAAGUCGCUGGGCUUCAGCAUCGUGGGCGGCCGCGACUCGCCCAGGGGCCACAUGGGCAUCUACGUGAAGACCAUCUUUCCCACGGGGCAGGCCGCCGAGACCAAGACACUCCAGGAAGGUGACGAGAUACUGGCGCUGAACGGAGAGCUGAUGACGAGCUUGUCACACGCGGAGGCCAUCGCAGCUUUCAAGAGGAUCCGCUCAGGACCCGUGGCACUGCGCGUCGCCCGCCGUACUGGACACGGCGCCAGAUCCAGCAAGUCCAAAUCUUGUGAAAACCUGGAGUGAAAAAUACACUGCUGCUGCAGCAGGAAAUGAAACUUCCACAUUACUUGCAAGUCAGCAUAGUGUUUGCAAGAAGAAAAGUUCCACUAGUCACAGAGAUCAGAACAACAACAUACUGGGAAGUGGUAUCAAAUUCUUCAUCUGGCAACUGUAAUCACUUCUGAACAUUUCAAGUACAGGUUAUUCAUUCUUCAAUAAGAAGACAGUCUGUUAUUUACAACAUAUGCUAAAUCAUUUGAAAUUUCACUUCUGGGAUUCUUUACCUUUUGUUGAAAGGAAGACACUUUAUAUUCAUAUCUCCCUAUUAGUUGUAACUGUUUAUGCCUUGUCACAUACUAUGCACAUUUCCUAGUCGUAACUGUUGAUAUGGCUUGAUGAUGAAAGAAUUAUUUUCCAUUUUGAAUAAAAGACUACAAUGAAAGGCAGAUAUGCUUGUCAAAUACUCAGUUAUGGCACCAGUAAUACAAAAUUGGUGGAAACAUAGAAACAAGUUCUUCAUCCAGGCCCUGAAGGCCCAUGGGAUGUCAAUCAGCUGCUGUGCCAUCUGCUGCCAUGUGGCAUCAAACAGAUGCAGUAUGAAGUGGCAUGUGGUUAGUACACCACUCUCCCAGCCAUUUCGCCAACUUUUCAGACCUUGGAGCUUCUGCUUCUCACUUCUCAAUCAGGUAACUCCUCAGUUGGCUCCACAAGGCUGAGUGUAACCUAUACCAAUCCUCCCACCAAGGGAAAAUCCUUGACAGUAGUAGGAAUCAAAUCCAGAUCCUCCACAUGGCAGCCAUCUACGCAGACCACUCAGCUAAGAAGGUGGAUGUAAACCUGUAAUGGAAGGAAUAAAUGUAAUGACUUAAUUCAUAGUUGAGGUUUUUUGGGUGGUCAGCAGAUACAUAAAAAAAUCCUAGAAAUUCUGCAAAGUUUUCAGACAGGAUCUUUCCUCAGAGCUCUGUAGUGUGAGGACAAUAUAGGCAGUCAGAAAAGUCACCUUAUGAAUGUAUUUGUGUUUAUAUUUUUGCUAAUCAUUUAACUCUGAAGAAGCAGUCCAAAAGCUUAGCAAGAGUUUCAACAUUUUUGUGUGCCUAUUAAGUGUUCACUGCCUCAACUGUAUGAUGAGAGGCUUCCUGAACUCCUUCCAUCAUUUACAGCACCAGUUGUUCACUGCAUUUCACAGAGCAACCAUGAAGCAGAACUUUCAGGAAAAUGAAACAAAUCAUGGUACAUGAGUGGACCCAAUGAGGGCCAUUGACAUGUGGUUGUCUUUGCCUCUCCCUCCCCCACCCCCCCCCCUUACCCCUCCAUCAAGAAACAAAGAAAUUCGGUAUCAGUUUGAAGAAAGAUGGAAAAAUUAAAGGAUACUGAUUGGUAGCAAGUGUACUCAGAGCCAUUUGCAAUAAAAUCUCAAAACCAUUUAUCAUUCACUGUGAUACCACCAUGAAUUGUCUGCUCAUCUUAGCUGACAUCUGGGUAUACACUUGUCAAGGUAUGUCUUUACUAAGAAACUGCUUUUAUCAAACAGAAUAUAAUUCUUUCCAAAUAAUGUUAGAAACUACAUUAGCAAUUAUAUAAUGUCCAACUGCUACAAACUAGCUGUACAUGCUGAUACUAAAUUAAGUUCUAGGUUAUUUAUAUUCAGUCUUUAAGUAAUUGAUCCAUUCUCAACAUUAACACAUACGAAAUGUGCAUUGUGCUUGUGUUAUUACCAUACCACUAAAAUUGAAAAUUAUUCAAAUUGUCACUGUAGUUAUGGAGUUUGUCAUAAAUUAUAUAAGAAUUUUGGCUACAGAUAUCUUCAAAGUUGUAUACAAUUUCCCUGAGACCACUUCUCCUCUUGCAUUCUACAUUUUCUGUCUGAUUACAAAAUGUGCUUGUGUGUCAUGUGCCAAAGUUUGAUAAGCAUUUUUCAUUUCUUAAAUGUGCUAUCUGACAUAACACGAUGAAACUGACAAUUCGGUUGGAAUUGUGUAAACUUUUAACAAAUUUCUAAGCUGGUAUUAUCCCCAGUAGAGUUUUAAUUAAGUAUUAUUUUCACAUGUUAGUAUGUAUUUGUUUAUAUACUGGAUGUUUUUCCUUCAUAUCUAUGAUCAUUGAAAAAACAGUGAUGAUAAUACUGUUGCAUAUAUCUCUCUCCCAUAUUCAUAUUCAAACUAUUAUACUGUACAAAAUACCCAUGUUGGUGUAAAUAAUAGUUUACAUUCCAAAGAUAUUACUGCUGUUGCUGUCAGUGUCAUGUUGUUUGCAUAUAUGUAUGUCACAUUAUUUAAUUUUUGUGUAAUUUAAUGAGAUAUGUGAAUUGAAGUCUUGUGUCAUAAUGACAUGGAAAAACAAAUUUUUGAAAUAAAAGAGAAAGGAAUAUGUGGACUCAAAAGUACAACAUAUAUUUA